CCCCGCGCAAACCUGCACCGCCCCGCAAGCAGAGGGCUCAGGAGGUGCCUGGCUGGCUGAACGCCUCCUCCGCGGACACAUGCAUGAGCUAGCACAGGUGGAUGGAACUGGCGGAUUUGAGGUGUGAGGUUCUAGCUCUUCUGCCGCGAAGCAGCUCAGCGCCCAGUUGUGGGUUAGGAGCUGGACAGAAGAAGGCUGGCAGAGGUGGCAAUACACAGCGAGCCCGGGGCUCUGCACAGCUGCUGAGAGCCCCCUGCUCAGCCCUGUGCGCCUGAUGGAGGACAGGAGCCGCCAGCUCCCGCGCUAUAAAAGCCAGGAGAGGCGCGGGGUGGGGCUGGCGUCAGCGGGAAAUGUCUCCCUGGAAGCAGAUUAAUUCACAGCAAAUCUGUCGUCGACAGCCUGCCCAGCGAGAAAACUCAAGGAGAAGCUGAGAACAAACAACAUCUUGAAGACAGUCCAUGGGGACUGUACCAGAUCCUCUGAGAUCUGCCAAGCUGUCCCUGGUCUCACCUUCUGCAGAGGAGGAGCAGCUGGGAGACCUGCAGCCUGCUAAGCACCAGCCCCAAGCCCCCAGUGGCGAGAGGGCCAGCAAUGGCUUCCCGUGCGCACCCUCCAGCUCAGCCGGGCUUUGCUUCUUCGACCUGACCUGCACAGCUGCUGCCAGCACGCAGAGGUGUGAGCAGUGCCACACAGAUGAUGACAGCCAGCAGGAAGCCUUUUCUCCCAGGCUGGCCAGCACAACUGCAGAGGGGCAUCCUGCAGAUGUAAAGCCUGCGGGUUGUUCCCAGCCAGCGGGCAUCCCGUCACCGGCAGUGCCAGCCCUUGCUGCCGCAGGAGCCCUCUCAGUGGGGCAGGGGCCAGAGAUGAUGCCAGCCCCCCAGAGCGCCCGGCAGUUUGUGCAAGGCAGCCAGGCCAAAACGAGCUCCCUGACACAGAUAGAUGACUCUGCCUUGAAACCUCAAGGAACUGAUGAUCAGCCAGCGCUUGAAGUGUUAAAUUAUUCUUCCCCGGGUGAUCCUGUUGGGGUUAAUCAAUUCUGUCAUACUUCUCAGGCAAACCUUCUGCAAAGAGGGGAAAAAGACAGAGAGGCAGAGAAAAAUGGUUCUGCUGUGUGUCAGUCAGCCCUGGCAGCAGGGCAAACCGAAGCUGACCCAGGGAGAGACUCGCAGACCAGUCUGGAGGCAAAAGACGGGACUGCACACACGCCGCAGUUGCAUCCCCCAGAUAAAACUGAAGCGGUGCAGAGCAGCGAGGCACCAGCCCAGUCUGGCCACGGGAGUCCCCGUCCUGUACGUAACCUGGGCCCCACUCCUGGGAGUCCAAACCCCACCCAGCACUCCAAAUUUAGAGAAACAGGUACAAUGACAGCUCAGCCAGAGAGCAGCCCUUUUACUCAGGAAGCUGUAAGCAGGACAUGGCGGGAUGCUGAGGUUCAGGCUGUGGCUACUGUGGAGAGCAAAUCAGCUUCCACCAGUCCCAGCAUCUUUGCUUCCUUCUUAAAAGGGAAUUCUCCUCCAGAGGAGAAGGAAGAACUGCACAUAAUUUACCAAGGAGGUAUGGGGCUGAGCCAGGCUGCACUUGCUGACAGUUUAUCCUCACAACAAAAGUUUCCAUGUUCUCCUGGUAUCACAUCAAAAUCGACUGUUGUGGCUGUGACUGCUUCAGCCCAAACCCAGCCUGUCAAACUGCCUGGGGUCCCACCUGAUGUGGCAUCUCCAGUAUCAGCAGAUAAUGCAAAAUCUGUUCUCCCCUGCUCCCCUGCAGCUGUUACCUCUCAAGGAACAUCUGUGGGUAAUGCUGAAAUGAGCAGUGCAGCCCGUGAUAUCAAGGACGCUGCUCAGCUGCCAAAGGAUGCUCCAGUCCAACAAAAGCCCAUCCCAGCUGAGCAGCUUGGAGUUGACUCCAGUAAUCAAACUCCAUCACAGUCUGGGACUGGUGCUGGUAAGCCAAGCACCACUUCCAGUGAUGCUGUCCCAGGAACCCAGGACAACGUGCGAGAUCUCAUCCCUCAUGCAGGAAGCAGCCGGUCACCUUUACUCUCUGGCAAGGACAGUGAAGCCAGGCAGAAGGAGGUCCUGGGCAGCUCUGAACAAAAGCCUGUGCAAAGCAAGGAUGGGAGUCAAGGGCAGGCCAGUCCUAAUCAAUCUGUGGUCAAACCAAGGGAAGAAAACUUGGUGGUGCUUGAUCCUAAAGGAGGGCUGAACGUUAGCAGCCAGCCUGCCGCCGUCCGUGCAAAGGCGUGCCCACAGGAGGCAGGUGAGAAGGAGAGCAGAGGCCAUGGAGACAGCGGCCAGUCUCAGGAGGCUGGUGGCCAGAACCUGCAGGCAGGACCGACGCCCAAGCUGAGUGUGAGUCCUGCAAGUCUCGCCCCUCCUGUGGCAGCAUCGGCAGCUCCCCAGCAGCAGGGCCUCCAGGCCAGGCAGUCCGGACACGAUCUCCACACUGCAGUCAUUCCUGCUUCCUCUCAGGCUGUGCCAAACCUGGGGGAGAACAAAAAGCAUUCCACCCCAGCCAUGGAGGCGAAAGUACAGGUGAAGCAGUCCAAACAUGUCAGGGAUGUUGUUUGGGAUGAGCAAGGAAUGACGUGGGAGGUUUAUGGUGCUUCCCUUGAUCCAGAAUCCUUGGGAAUUGCCAUCCAGAACCACUUACAGAGACAAAUACGGGAACACGAGAAACUGAUCCGGGCCCAGAACAGUCAGACCCGGAAAUCCAUUUCCUCAGAUACAUCCUCAAAUAAAAAACUAAAAGGGAGGCAGCACAACAUGUUCCAGUCCAUGCUGCAGAAUUUCAGGCGUCCUAAUUGCUGUGUCCGACCUGCUCCUUCUUCUGUGCUGGACUGACAUGGUUUGCAGGGGUGCCUAAAUACCUGUGGUGGUGGAGAGAAUCCCUCCCCUCAAGUCCUGCUGUUUGGUUGUGUAACUGGGGUUGUGAUGCAACAGUGGAAAAUUAUUUCCCUUUGUUUUCUGACUAGCCACAUGCUCCAUCCUGCCAUUAUUAUUGUCACAGCUGGUGUAUUUCCACGUUAUGCCCCAACCUUGACUGCUGUCAGAUGAAAAGUUAGGCACUUAGCAAAAGCACAAAUUUCAAUUGCCGCCUUACUGCAGGGAGAGCAGCACCUUCUGAUAAAGCAGGAAGUGGAGGGAUUGUCAGAAUUAUGGGAAUUAAUUUAUGUCAUUAUGAGGCCUUACUCAAAGGGGUGGACUGAGGGAAGCUGAGGGAGGUGGAAUUAAAGUUCAACAGCUGUAAAGACCUAACACAAGACCACUUUCCUGGUUUGUAAUUUACUCAUGCUGAGGCAAGUCCAUGAACAGGCUAUGGACAUCGAUCACUGAGCAGCCUCACUUCUGUUGAUACUGUCUUCCCCUCCUGUUGAAAUGCAGAACCAGGCAAAGAAUGAGGAUCAAGACUGAAGGAUUCUCUCUUUGGGAGAAGCUAAGUCAGUGGGAUGUUGAUGGCCAGAAGGGGAGGUGAGAGAGAUGCUUUUUGCCCCCUGCAGUGGCUGCUCUUAAGGUGUAAGCCAUCGAGGCACGGGAGAGCGCGUCGGUAGAUGGACCUGCGGCCAGCAGGAUGGUGCCCAGCCCUUCUCUGGUACUCCUGCCAAGGCUUUAAAAAGCAGGGAGCUGCUCUGCCUCCUCAGACAGGGUGGGCAGCCCCUGCACCCAGCCUCCCAUGGUACUGAGCACCUCUAAGUCACUCUUUAAAGUGAUGUGGAUCUUUCUUCUCUCUCCAGAGAUGCACAGUAAUGUUUUCCCAUAGCAGCAGGCUUUCCUGUGCUUUGGGGUCCAUGAGCCCCUAUGUCUAGUGUGUUACACUGAUUUUUUUUUCUCUUUUAAGUCCUUAGCCAACUCUAUUGUUUUUUUCAGUAUUUUGGUGCUUUUCAUGCUGCCUUUCAUAACCCGAAUACCAUAUAUUUAGCUUAUGUGUUAUUUUGUUUUACCUAACACUCUAUAUUAUGAACCAUUAUACUGUUAACUUGAAAAAUUUGCAGCAGUACUGAAAUCUUGAGACAAUCUUUGCUGUAUUUCUGAACUUAGUUAUAGAAACUGCUAAUAAAAUGUAGCUUAGUGACUGUUUCUCCAGAAGUAUGAUAUAUAAUAAUGUCUCAAAUAUAUGUUGGUCUCAUUUCUCAAUAAUAUUUUUCAACUUGGGAAAUGUGUUUCCCAGUAGCUUUGUAUUUUGUCCACUAGAGUUCAUUACGGGAGGCUGGGGAACUCCUGCAGUUUGUAGAGAAUUUAGUUAUCAAUCCUGCAAAGC